CCGGCAGAAGCUACAAUUUCGAAAUCCUCGCCAUGAAUUGUACCAAAAUCGGUCCGGUAUUCAAGAGAAUGGAGUGUUUCUAUCGCCAAGUCGACACAAAUCGUUACGGUAUAAGUGUCCAUUUAUCGGGUAAUCGGCAGCUAUCAAAAAAUGCUGAAAUCGGUAUGGCUGUACAUUUGAAAUUCCAAAAAACCAACAAAGUUGUGAAGUUCCUAGAAUUUAAAUUCAAUAUUUGUGAUACACUGGAAAAACAGAAUUUACCGGUGCCAAUGUUCAAGUCCAUCUUCAACGAAGUUAUGAUGAAGAGCAAUGUACCGUUUUCGUGUCCGGUGAUAAAGGAUUUUAUUUAUAAUGUCACCGAUUUCAUGCUCACCGAUAACAUUUUCCCCGCCUACACCGUGCUAGCCAAUUUCAAUUUUACCAUGACAUUUUACAAUGAUUACAAGAAGUUUGGAACGUUGGUAUUAACUGGACGAACAUAUCCGAAGAAAUCAUAA